AGUCUGUUGGUACCUGACGGACGUGGCAACUUCACUCUUACUUGUGACUGUCCACUGUCGGGAUUGCAGCCCAUUGGAUCCCAUUUUUCGAGGCCUUGCAUUCACAUUGCGUGAAGAGCCCGCAUCCUUAUUUGGCCAUGAGUUGGUUCCACAAGUUCCUGAGUUUAGCGACCAGGGCAGCUGGGAAGGAUGAAGACUGGGAGUUCACUGAGGAGCCCCACACGGAGAGGAGGCGGAAGAUCCUCAAGAAGUACCCUCAGAUCAAACAACUUAUGGGCUACGACUCCAACAUCGCCUACAUAACCACGGUAGAAGUACUGGUCCAGAUGUUCAUGUGCUGGGUUCUACAGGACGCCAACUGGUCUAGCAUCCUCAUUCUAUCGUAUUGUUUUGGAGGCGUUUUAAACCAUUCCCUGGGAAGUGCUAUACAUGAGAUUGGCCAUAAUCUUGCAUUUGGACACAGCCGUCCGGCUCUCAAUAGGAUUCUCAGUAUAUGGUGUAAUUUGCCAAUGGCAGUCCCCAUGGCAGUAACAUACAAGAAGUAUCACUCUGACCAUCACCGGUACCUCGGAGAAGAGUACCAAGACGUGGACAUACCCACUCGUCUCGAGAGUUAUCUGUUCAGACACCCGAUCACUAAGAUGAUAUGGCUAGUAUUGCAUCCCAUCAUCCAUGGGAUACGGCCUUUCUACAAGAGCCCCAAACCACUAACAGGAUGGGAGAUGAUCAAUACUGCUGUUCAACUGUCGUUCGACCUCGUCAUCCUGAAAGUGUUCGGCGUGAAGUCCCUCGUAUACCUUCUGGCCGGAACACUAAUGGCCCUAGGUCUUCAUCCGCUUGCCGGGCACUUCAUCUCGGAACACUAUCUCUUCAACGGAGGACAGGCGACUCACUCGUACUAUGGACCUCUUAACUUUGUUCUUUUUAAUGUUGGUUAUCAUAUUGAACACCAUGACUUUCCUUACAUUCCGUACUCUCGCUUACCGGAAGUUAAGAAGAUAGCGGGCGAGUUUUAUGACGAUCUUCCCUACCACACGUCUUGGUGCAAGGUUGUCUGGGACUUCAUCUUUAAGGACUACAUGGGGCCACACGCGAGAGGAGUAGGGUAUCUGAAGGAUGAGAAGACCGAGGCCAAGGCCGAUCAAAAUGGCAGUGUCAAGGCCAAUCAAAAUGGCAGUGUCAAGGCCGAUCAAAAUGGCAGCGUCAAGAUCGAGCAAAAUGGUGUUUUCAAGGUUAAAUCGUCAUGAGAUAUCUUCAAAUGGCAAACAACAAUAUUUAUUUGAUAACAUGUCCCUGAUAUGGACAGUGCAUGUUAUAUUUCAUACGGUUACGUGUUUUUAGUCCAACCGUUUACGUUAGUGUUCUGAAAAUAAUGUUAAAGUGUUCAUAGCUCAAGAAUGCUAUCAACAGACCGUCAAUCAGGACGGUAGAUUUCGGCAGACUAAAGUCAAUAGUCAUUUCGUUAUGUGGACUGCGAUACAUUGUCCUCGAAUAUGCUUCUAUCGAGGCCUUACCUAGCGGUUCGACUUCCAUUGGAUUGUGUAACGGCAAUUAUGAUGUUCGUAAUGUGUGUGACCACCGACCAAAGUGUCUAAACGACAAAACGUCCUGUCUUUUGUUGUUAUUGUCAGAGUAAGAUUGUCACUUUGUCUAGACCCUGUAUUGAGCCAGUGAAAGAGAUAACAGACUUAUUGUACAAACACCUUGUAGUUAGGUUGACGGGUGGAAUGUUGAAUACUGUCCUCGCUGAGCAUAAAAGCGCCAUAACAUUACCACAGCUGUCAGUCCGGGAUGCUGUAGGAAGUAAUAGUCGUUCAGCAUAGACGAGGAAAUCUAUCCAGGCGUCCCACGGGUCAGAGAUAUAUAAGUCGACUCGAUGUGAAUCAGGAUUUAUAACAAGCGAAUAAAUAUUCCGUUUGGUCAAUAGUACCUAACCCCCUGAGAUUUACGGUUGAUAAAACUGCCAUUAACGUUGUACUUGAUCAGAAUACAACAAUGGGCGUUGUCGGAGUAGGUAUGCCUGCAAUACUUGCACGUGCUAUUUUGACUGCGUGUUGUGAAUAACCGCGUCUAGGUUGAUAAUAUAUAAAGAGAAGAGUGUUGUUUCAAAAUGUAAGCUGAUGCAUUUAACCCUUGCAAUGAGCAUUGCUCCUCCCAGCACCUUUCCAAUGCUUUGUCAUAGGUUUUGCAAACUGCAAGAUGACUUCACGAUAAACAGUCAUAGCGAUCGCCUUCCUUAACUCUGUCUGGUUCUUACGGGCAUAAUUAGAAACAAAGUGACAAGUAACCCCAUGCCUUAAUAAAUGAAUGUCCUGGUAUGCUACGGUCUGUAAAUAUGUUAUCACGGACAGUUUCAUACGAUUCAAGUUUGUGUUAUGUUAUUCUUUUUGUGGUAUUGUGUAUACAUGUAUAUGUAUUGAGAGCUAUUUACACUUUAAGAAGUGUUUUACCUCAUAACUGCUGUUUUGUUUGUCGUGCCUUGUUCAGUUUGUCGUGUCCAGCUAGUUUUGUUGCUUAUUUAUUUCUUUGUUGAAUGCCACUUCAUCUACGCAAAUGCCCUAUCACGUUUUCACAAGUCUCGACUGCUUUUUUAGUUGUCUGUGUAUAUAACUUAUAUAUGUUCAAUAUUUUGCAAUGUGUACAAUUACAGUAAUAGAAUACAUGCUGAAUUAAUCAUAUACAUAUGAUCUAUACACAGAUCUCACUCAAACUAAUUGCUAAUUUAUGAUUACCUUGACUAUGAAAUUUAAUAAAUAUUGUUUUCUA